CGUCUGCUAUCAGGAAACUGCCAUUGAGAGAUCUAUUGAUUGCAGACUGUUGUGUCAGAUAACUUGGUGGAUACAUGUUAAUUCCUCACUACCACAAGAGCGAGUGACUAUGGAUAUAAGCGCACUAUGCAGUACCUAGUGAGGGGUAAGCAUAAACACAGCUAGAGAGCUCAGACACCGCCAGGGAAGCUCUAGCCAUGCCCGUCUUUGUUUUCGUGUCGAGGCGUCUCUGGCCCGUGAGCCAGACUCUGCUCCUCUAAUAUCACAAUUACCACAAGUUGCUCCACUAUUUUUAUACGUUUUUGACCAAUGUUGUGCUUUGCUAGUUACAGCCCGUAUGGUGCUUCGAUAACAUAUCAUAAUUCUCAUUUUUCUACGGUAAACAAGUUUGUUGAAGUCAGCAUAUUUACCCGUGUUAGGAUGGCUGCCAAUGACAAAAUGGACUAAUUGUCACCAAUAUUUUACGUCAGGACCAUAAUGCUUCAGUAAUGUCAGUGGAAAUAUCAAGAUAAAGAAGCCAUUCGAAGAUCAUGUCCCUUAGAAGACUCAAUAGCAAGCUACGGUUAGUUGAGCGCUAACAGCAAAGUGAGCAGGAGAGGGAUGCUGGUGUGCCUUAAGAAGGCUCUGACACUGUGGUGGCGAGCUUGCAGAGGUUAGUGGCAAGCAGUGGGACUGCACUGAGCACAGAAGAGAAUGGGAAGUGCCUCAUCUAAGUUCAAGAAGUAUCUUCAACAUGGCGAUGAAUUUGCUGCUAUGCAGGUGUUUCAGAGUUCUCCUGAAUUGCGGUCCAAUCUUGAUCCCAGUGCAAGUUAUGGUGAAUCUCAUGGCCACAAUACUCCUUUACACUAUGCAGCUAAACAUGGGAUGAAGCAUUUACUGAGGACAUUUCUCUGUGAUCUUGGGGGUAAUCCAAACAAGAAAAAUGCAGAUGAUGAAAGUUCUGUUCAUUGUGUGUGCCGUGUUGGCCAAGCCAAAUCACCUUCUGCAGAAGACAGACGUGCUGCAUGUGUCAUCAUGAUCCUUCAGUGGCGUGGGCCAGUGCUACAAGAUGGUGAGAAGGAAAGGGCACAGUUAAAUGCUCAGGAUAAGAGGGGAAAUACUGCACUUCACUAUGCAUCGUCUUCAGGACUUCGGAAGUGUGUAGAAUUGCUCGUGGCUCAGGGAGCUGGACUCUUUAUUGAAAACCGUGAUAGAUUAACACCCUGUGAUCUAGCUGUUAGAUCAGCACAUCAUGACGUUGCUACGUACCUGGAGUCUCGCAUGGUGUUUGCUGACAGUAGCGACGGUGUUAAUGAGGGAGAACUGGUGGGCAAUGAGGUUGAGACGGAGUGUGACAAUGAAGUAUAUUCUGGUCUGCGGGCACAAGACUUGCAGGAAGCAAAAGACCAAUUACUCGUUGAAACAGCAGAUAUGCUGCAUAUUCCUCUCUUUACUGCCGAAGCACUACUCAGGGAUAAUGAAUGGUCUAAGGCAUUGCUCUUGGAGAAAUGGAUGACAAAUGCUGUCCAGUGCUGUGAAGUGGCAGGCAUAGCCCCUCCAGCAUCUGCACUCCAGCUAGUUGCUCCUACUCCUCCAAUGGUUACUUCGACCCUGUCUAACAGUGUUAUCACGCCUCCACCUCCACACAUUCCAGGGAAAAGCAUAGCUGAUGAGGUGGAAGUAGAGGGACAAAACCUGUGUGAGAUUUGCUAUGGAGAGAUGAGAGCAUGGGAACUUGGAGAACAUGGUGGCACAAGUUGCCAACAUCAGUUUUGUGCCACAUGCUGGGAAAGUUACCUUACUCUCAAAAUACAGGAGGGCGGCGCACAUCACAUCCUCUGCCCUGCCGUCCGUUGUAAUAUCCUAGUGGAUGUAGAUUUUAUUGAAAAGAUGGUUAGUCCAGAGAUAGCAAGAAAGUACUUGCAGUUUGAUAUUCAAGCAUUUGUUGAGAGAAACAAGACAAUCAAAUGGUGCCCACUUCCAGGAUGUGGCAGGGCAGUUAAAUUUCCAGAAGCUGAGCUUGAAACACAGCCUUUUUAUUUUCCAAACACUAAGCCUCCACCAAAAACAUCUCAUGCUGUUGACUGUGGCAAUGGACAUUUUUUUUGUUGGGAGUGCUUAGGUGAGGCACAUUCUCCCUCUGGAUGUGAACAGUGGGUUGAGUGGCAGAGCAAAGUGGCAGAAAUCAAACCCGAAGAACUCCGUAUAAGUUCGGGUGAAACAGAAGAUGCUGCUAAUUUUCUUUGGCUUGUGACAAACUCAAAGCCAUGCCCCAAUUGCAAAAGUCCAAUUCAGAAAAAUGAAGGGUGUAAUCACAUGAAGUGCUCAAAGUGUAAGUUUGACUUCUGCUGGGUGUGCCUAGAAAGCUGGAAGAAACACUCAUCGGCUACUGGAGGCUACUUCAGGUGCAACAGAUUUGAUGCGCAAAGUAAAGCUGACGAGAAGCUGGGUGUGCUGCUGUCUGAGGCGACUGUUCGGAAUCAUCAAAUGCAAGAGCUGAAUCGCUUUAUUCACUACUAUACUCGUUUUAAAAAUCAUCAAAAUUCCUUAAAAAUGGAAGAACCAUUAUUAAAAACUGCACGUGACAAGAUGGAAGUUCUUGCAACAUCUCUUCCUUCUCAGGAGCAACAAGGACAAGCUGCUGUGGAAAAGGGCACUCGGUUUGUCGAAGAGGGAGUGAAAGAACUUCUGAAAGCACGGAGGGUACUCUGUGGGUCCUAUGUGUAUGGGUAUUAUUUAGAGGAUAAUGGGUAUAACAAAACCAUCUUCGAGUACAUGCAGAAUGAACUGGAAGAGGUUACAGAGAAGUUGUCAGAGAUGGUAGCUCGUCAGUAUCUUGUGACACCACGUGGGCAGAUCAUUGCUACGACCCUGCUUGCUCGUCGCAGGAGACACAAGUUUGUACGGGCAGUGAGUAGGGGUCUUUUACCCCCUGAGACUCCACCCUCGCUUCGUAGAUCACGCAAGAGACGAUUGCCUGGCCUUAUGGGAAUGGACCCAGCUGAUGACAUGGAGAAUGUUGAAGCCAUGGGCCGAGCGCUAGACCCUUCUCAGCCAUGGGUGAAAGAUUCACGCGGUCGCCACACAAAUUUGGCUGCAUUACUAGACUGGCCUGAUCUUGAUUCUGAUGAAGAGGACAGCAGUCUGAACCAGGCACUAACUCUGACUCUGCUAGGAAAAUGCAACAAAAAAUCUUGUCCACGGCCUCGUGCCCGUAACCCUAGAACUGGGGCCAUUCAUGACUUCUGCUCCUUACGAUGUGCCCAGCAGGCCAAGUACCUACCAGAGCAAGGUGAUGGUGAAGCUGCAUCAUGGGAAGGAUGUGAUUCCAGCAUGGAGCUUCUCAUUGCUCUUGAAAUGUCUCGGCUUCAAAUGAUUGAGGAUGAAGCCAGAAGAAGAUUGUCUUGGUUGCAAGAGCAUUCAAGGGAGCAAGGAUGGGAUGGAACUGGGGAUCCAAGGACUAAUCAAGGUCAUGGUCUUGGAAGAAGGUGGUUUGGGCUCCUGGACGAGGUAGAGGUUCUGGUGUGCCGCUUUUCCCAUGUUGAUGCUGUACCUGGUCCUUCAGCCCCAGUUGUAGGGCCCCAACUAGAACAUCCCAUUGUUGGGGGCUCUCGACAGGGCUGCUCUCAUCGGCCUCGUCAGCCUUUUCAUGGGUGUAGUGCUGGAGGUAGUGGUUCAGGAGCAACUCUAGCGAGCAACAUUUUAGGGUACGAGGUAUCCUAUGGUGGAAGUCGAGUAGCAGUAGCCCAAGAUGAAGCUUCUGCUUGGCCACGGCCAGAUAUAUCUGAAGGAGCCACUUCAUAUCAACCAACUAGUGCUGAAAUUGCUGUAGAUUAUUUCCUGAAGAAAUUGGUCAAUAAGGAGAUCAGUCUAAGAAAUCUCAAUGUGGACAAGGACUGGGAUAAUAAAACAGAUAAAGACCUUCUCUGCUUUCCAAAGGUUGCUAGUGAAGUAGAAGAUGGACAUUUUGAGUAUGGCGAUCUCCAUGAAAAUGGACAUCUCUUGAUACCUGGCCCAUCACAUGAUUUACGGAGAGAUCUACGCAGAUCCCAGUCCCUUGGAGAUUUAAAAAGCUCUGAAGAACCACAAUGUAUGAUAGACUCUGAUCAUGUUCAUCAGGACCAUCCAGAAGAGACUGCUAGACUUAGAUUGUCAAAGCCUAAGCAAGAAAGUAUAGAUAUGGAAUCAGAAAGUGGAGAUGUGGAAAACACUGACCCAGGAGCUGCUUCAGAGAUUAUUGGAGAUAUGGACUCCCCUAUGAUGGACAUGGAAGUGCGUGGAAUUUUAAGUCAGUUGGAGAAUCCAUUAGAUCAACAAUGUGGAGGGAGUGAUGCUAGCAUUGAUUUAGACCCAGUAUUUCAACAUGAACCCUCUUUUCAGUUAAUAGUAGAUGAAGGUACUGAUAAAGAUGAAAGUAAUUCCACAGAACAAAGUAGUAGUGCCCCAUCAAAUGUGAAAGGUCUUAGAAUUCACAUUUCUCAUUCCUCUAAACUUGAAAAUCAAAGUUCAAAUGAAUAUGAAUCUGAGACGGGGAUACCAAAUUCACCAACACUUUAUAUCAGUGGAGUGUCAAUUUGCAGAUCGCCUGAACCACGUUCCCCUAAGGUUCAGCACAGAGAAACACGGUCACCAAGUUUGACACUUCCUUUAUGCUGUACUCCAGAGCCGAGGUCUCGUAUUGAUGCCCGCCUAGACACCUCACCUUUACCCAUAUAUAGCCGAUCUCGAUCUUCUUCUCUGGUGGUGCCAAGUUCUGCAAGUCUCUCGCCAAGAGUCUCUGCACGACCAAGUGGAACUUGUCUCCAUCUGUCAUCGUUAUCUCUCCAAGCUACAAGAGCCACUUCACCUUUCCUUCUUGGUGAACUACGAGUUUCUCGGUCUGCAUCAGAACCAGAGAAAGGACGGUUGGUAUUUCAGUUUCCUAAGUCUCCAACUGAUGGUGCUCUUAGCUCAGUGUUACAUGUUGAAGAAUCAAAUUUGAGCUCUGAUGACUUCCAUGAAGCACUCUUUUUGGGAAAGUCCCCUAAACCAUCAAAAAGAAAAAAGUCAAAAAAAGAGAGAAAUAAAGAUGUAAAAGAUAGAAGUAAAACAGAGAAGGAUUGUAAAGAUAGAAAUAAAGAAGGGAAAACAAAAGAUAAGAGUAAGGAAAAUGGUAAAGAAACUAAAGAAAGAAAGGAAAGCAAAGAAAAAAGAAAAAGUAAAGAACUUGUUUCCACUGUAUGAUCUUUACUAAAAUUCCAAAUCCCCAACUUAUUUCUCAGUGACUGAUUUUAUACAUACAUACAUGUAUAUACAUAUAUAUAUAUAUAUAUAUAUAUAUAAUGUACCUAGUAGCCAGAACAUCGUACUCGGCCUGCUAAGCAAGGCCCGAUU